AUGGCAUGUGUCGACUUUAAGAAGCCGAUCACGGUUGGCGUGGAGGAUCUUGUGCUGCUACCACAGCUCUCUGACAAAACCAUCAUGGAGAACCUCAGGCUCCGCCACAGCAAAGACAUCAUCUACACGAGCAUCGGACCCGUGCUUCUGACUGUGAAUCCGUUCAAGAAGAUUCCGAAUCUCUAUAGCGAGGAACGCAUAGAAUUCUUUCGAGGUGGUGGAAAGAGCAGCAGUGGUGGUGUCGCUGGAUGCAACCACGGUGGUCCGCACAUAUUUGGCUUAGCGGAAGAAACCUACCGUACCAUGGUGUCCGAGGAGGAGAACCAGUGCGUUAUCAUCUCUGGGGAGUCAGGGGCGGGGAAGACAGAGGCGUCCAAGCACAUCAUGCAGUACAUCUCCGCUGUGUCGGGCAACACACAGGAGAUGCAGCGCGUAAAGCACAUUAUCCUUGAGUCGAACCCGUUGCUGGAGGCAUUUGGUAAUGCAAAAACUGUUCGCAACGAUAACAGCUCUCGCUUCGGGAAGUUCUUUGAGAUCUUCUUUGACCGUCUAGGUGGUCCUGUUGGCGGCCGCAUGUCAAACUUCCUCCUUGAGAAGUCGCGGGUGGUAAGCCAGCAGAAGGGGGAGCGGAACUUCCACGUGUUUUACCAAAUGUGCCACGGGGCUGAACCUGCACUUCGAGAGCGGCUGCGGCUGCGUGACGCGGACGAGUUCUUCUACUUAAACCAGGGCGCCGCGCUCGACCGCGCCGGCACCGACGAUGCGGAAGAGUGGACGGCGACGCUCGCAGCGAUGGAGGCGAUGUCGCUCACACGGGCGGACCGGCAGGGCGUUUUCGAAGCGUUGGCGCUCAUACUGCACAUCGGCGAGCUGCAGCUCGCCCCAGCAGUUGCAACAGGCGAUGCCGCGUCGUUGACUGUGGCAAACCGUGACGAGCUCUCUUUCUGCGCUGGGCUUCUGGGUGUUGAUGCGGCCGCAUUGGAACGGGCGCUCACAUGGAAACGGCUUGAGAUGGGUGUCAGUGAAGUGGUGGAUGUUCCUCUUGAUGUGCAGCAGUGCCGCAACACGCGUGAUGCCAUUGCCAAGGCCCUGUAUCACCAUCUGUUUGAUUUUAUUAUUGAGACUGUGAAUAUGGCGUUGGGAGAGAAGAAGCACGACUUGAUGCUUGGUGUACUUGACAUUUAUGGAUUCGAGGUAUUUGAGAAGAAUGGUUUUGAACAGUUCUGCAUCAACUAUGUCAACGAAAAACUGCAGCAGAUAUUUAUCGAGUUAACACUAAAGGUGGAGCAAGAAGAGUACGUGCGGGAGAAGAUACCAUGGGAGGAGAUCAAAUACUUCAACAAUAAGAUUGUAUGUGAUCUUAUUGAAGGCACACAACCGCCCGGACUAUUUGCUGUGAUUGACGAUGUGUGCGCGACGAUGUCGAAGGAGGCGGAGUCUGUUGCCGACAUCAAGAUGCUUGACAAACUGGACGCCGCACACGCUGGCAACCCGCACUUUCACCGGACUGACCAGGGAUUCUGCAUCAAGCACUACGCGGGUGACGUGCAGUACAAUGCGGAUGGAUUCACGAACCGGAACAAGGACCUCCUUAGCGCUGACGUUGUUGCGUUGCUCCGCUCUAGUACCAACAGUUUUUUGCGUAAAAUCCUAUCUGAGAUCGUUGUGGUCGAAACGGGAAGUGUAGGUGGCGGCAAGAAGAAACGCACGACAACUGCCGGUUUUAAGAUACGCCAACAGGCUGCAAAUCUUGUCACGACGCUCAUGGGCUGCAACCCGCAUUACGUCCGGGCCAUUAAGUCAAACGACGAAAAGCGCCAUAACUUUCUGGACGAGGCGCGGGUGCUGCACCAGGUGAAGUACUUGGGUCUGCUGGAGAGUGUUCGCGUUCGACGAGCGGGAUACAGCUACCGGCAGUACUUUGACAAAUUUCUGAAGCGCUUCAAGUACAUCAGCCCUGCAACGUUUCCCCGCCCAUUUAGGGGUUCAGACGCCGAGGCCUGCAGUGCCCUCCUGCAGCAUGUCAGCAAUGUCCUUCCAACAGGCUCGUGGCAACUGGGCCAGCACAAAGUGUUUAUCCGGCAGCCGCAGCACCUCUUCGUCCUAGAAGACCUCCGUGAAGAGGCAUUUGACAAAAUUGUCUACAAAAUUCAACGCUCAUGGUACCACUACCGGCAGAACAAGGAUGGGAUUCUCCUCAAGGCCGGUAUGGGGCGCCUGUACGCGAAGGCAGGGAAGGCACGACGGGCCGACAGUGUGUUCCGCCCCUAUUUCGGUGACUACCUCGACUAUCGCUCCAGACUUGUGCCGCUGCACCCGUGUGUGGAUUUUAAUCCCAUCGGAGUCGCAUGGAAGGAAUACUUUUCAGAGACGGGAAAGCGGUAUUACCACAAUUUCAUCCUCCAGCAAACCCAGUGGGAGCGUCCGCGUGAGCUAUCACCGCAGAAAAUAAUCUUUAGUGGUCUUGUGGAGCGUGUCUUUGACCAUGGAAAGGCACUCUUGGAGAAAAACUUUUUUAUCGUGACCGAUCUUGCCGUCUACCUCAUUCAAGAGCAGGUGGAAACGGUCGUGCAACCAUCUGUGAAGCCCACACGGAGAAAUCCCCGUCCCACACCACCCAUAUCCUCCACUGUGAGAAGAUAUAUUCUGAAAAAGCGGAUUGACAUGCGUCUGUUGUCAGGGAUUUCUCUCACGAAGCAUGCCGAUACGCUUCUUGUGUUGCAUUUCUAUCAGCCGUUGACGCCUUACCGGCAGGUGGUGCACACAGCAAGCAAGCACGUCCACAAGUGUGAGUGUUGUGGGAGCAAACUGUCGCCGGCCGCAAAGAAGCAAAACUGCCCAGGCUGUGGGCGCCUUUGCUGCUCGAAAAACUGCCUUCUCUACACACGGCCGUUCCCGACCCUCCUGGGACACUCAAAGCCGGUGCGAGUCUGCCCGAAUUGUGUGCACGGGGAGCCGUAUGAGCUCGUCGAGGACGUAGUGUUGCUGAGCCCCAUGAAGACGGAAAUUGCCGCACUGUUGCGGAAGACGUACCGACAGUUGAUGGGUAACAAGGUACCGUUGAGCGUCGACAACGCGCUGACGUACCAACUCGCUGGUGAAAGUCAGCGGCGGCACCUCACCGCCAUGGCCUCCGAAUCCAUUACGGAGACAGCCGUUCUCGCUGCAGGUCCCGCCGCCCUCACGGUGAGUGCGCCGCUUGGCAUAUCACAGGAGAAGAUCCGCGCAGUUGAGACGGCGCGGGAGCAGCGGCGCAUCGCUCUGGCGGAGCGACGCCGGCAGGAAGAAGAAGAGGAGCGGAGCCGCGAGGCCGCGCGGGAGCGGCAGCGGGCGGAGGAGCACCGGUGCAUGGUGGAGGAGCGCAAGAAGGCGCGAGCGGAAGCAGAGGAAAGUGCCGAGGCGGAACGGAUGCGGCGCGAGCAAACAGCGCGGGAGCGGCGUGAGGAAGCGGCGCGAGUUGUGGCGGAGCGAUCGACGUGGUAG